AUGCCCCGCGAUCUAGCCGCCUUGAUGAGAGGUGACGAGGAGCCGAAGGACAAAAUCUCCCGCGACAUGGAAAAGCAGGACCACCUAGCUGAGAUCAAGCCUUACGUCCAAACUUUCACCACCUCCGACAUCGACAGUGCCGUCAAACUGGAGGAUGCCACGUUUCCCCCAGAGGAACGCGCAACCAGAGAAAAGUUUGAGUAUCGCUUCACCAAAUGCGGUGGACUAUGUCUUGGCCUUUUUACCUCGGUCGACACAAGCGAUUCAUCAGCACCUCUUGCAUCGGUUGAGACGGCCUCCAGUGCCCAUUUCGUGUACAGUGGCGUACCAACGCGCAAGUCAGUUCUCCUAGCUCAUUGUGUGGUCACCAAAACAACCAAUCCCACUGUCAUGGACGAGGAUAUGGAAGUACCUAGCGAUUGGAAGACUUCUGGUACUGCCUCGGGCAACGUUGGCCACAGAGAGGAAGGCCGUACCAUCGCUGUGCACAGUCUAGCUGUCUUGCCUUCUCUACAAAACCAAGGACUUGGUUCGACUCUGCUGAAGGCCUUCAUCCAGCGAAUGGAAUAUGUCCAAGCUGCUGACAGAAUCGCUUUGCUUGCUCAUGGUGAGCUUGUGAAAUUCUACGAGAAGUUGGGCUUCGAGAACAAGGGCCCUAGCAAGGCAACAUUCGGCGGAGGAAACUGGGUUGACAUGGUUCUCGAGUUGAAGAACAACCAAAAAUGA